AUGGCUUUCACCAACCCAAAACGAAAGGCUUUCGCCGCAGACACAAUCACUAGAUCCCAGACCACCUCCAACGCCCAGGUCUCCAGCCCUUUCUCAUUUCGAUCCAUCGAACGAAAUCAGUUUCGACGAUCCAGUGCUCUUCCCCUCAUCGAGAACGGCCCCUCAACCAUCUCCGCUACAUCGCCUUCUUCGUUCAGCCAUCGGCCAAAUCCCCCACCAUCGUAUCAACAGUUCGCUCAAACUCAGUCUUCGGAUCCUUCCCUUCACCAGCCAGAAUCUAGGCAGCAGCAAUCCCAGCAUCGCCCACACCAACAGCCGAUUUUAGACCCGCAAACCGCCGCUGCGUAUUUCAAGAAUUUGACGCAACAGCACCAGCAGUUAGAGUCUACACUUCGCUCAUAUAAGAUGCAGCAGGAACAAAUGAAGGCCUUUGAUCCCGAGGCAGCUUUCAACGAGCUGUUCUCGCCGGAGUUCUCGUCUCCGCAGUUCACGGCAGCUCAUGACUUCAAUACAGCUGUCCCCACAAUCUCUCCACAAGAACUUCUCAUGAACCAGCCUGCCUCCGCAGCGACCACUCAUUUGACUUCUCCUCUGUCGUUCUUUGAUUCUCCCAAUGAUAGCUACGAUACUUCUCCUCUCUUUGCACCCGACGAUAUCACACAAGACGGUGCUUGGUACUCCCUCUUCCCAGAUGCGGCCCCGGAUACCGAGGAUUCUAGCGUUUCUCCGCCAAAUCCAACUCUUCCAGUGCAGGGCUCUCCCCUGAUUGGUAGUGGCUACUCGGAUGAUGAUAUUGUCGAUGCGGUUGGAGAUUCUCCAAGUACCUCUCCUCGUUUCCGCAGCACAAGCGCCGGGCCCAACCAGCGACGAUCACAGACUUCUGGUGUCCGCAAAAGAGGCCCAUUGCCUCCAAUUGUGGUCGAAGACCCUUCGGACACCGUGGCCAUGAAGCGUGCUCGCAAUACGCUUGCAGCGCGUAAAUCACGGGCGAAGAAGUUGGAGAGAAUGGAGGAGAUGGAGAUCCAGAUCGAAGAGCUAAAAGCGCAAGUCGAGCACUGGAAGAACAUUGCCACACAAGCAAACAGGCGGCGGUCAUAA